AUGGGUCGUAAGGCCGAGGUGCAGCGCAUGCUGCUCGAGAAGCUCAUGGGUCCGGAAGCGAUGGGCGCACCAACUGCGAAUCUGCAUUUCACCGAUCCCAAGGUGUGCCGUAACUUUCUCUGCGGCACUUGUCCUCACGAUCUGUUUGCCAAUACCAAGGUCGACCUAGGCCCAUGUCCCAAGUCGCACACACCAAAGUACAAGGACGAAUAUCGCAAGGCGCUUGCUGCUGGCGAACGCUUCCCCGAAUUUGAACGUGAGCACGAACACAACAUCUUUUCCUUCAUAUCGGACAUUGAUCGCAAGAUCGCUGCAAACAAGCGUCGGCUGGAACAGACCCCGGAAGAAUUAGCACGAUUCGCCAACAUGAACCGCGAGAUUUCCGAAAUCGAGACGGCGCUUGCCGCCGUCAUGGCCGAGGUGGAAGCAUUAGGAGAGCAGGGACAGAUCGAAGAGUCGCUUGCCGAGCUUGCCAAAGCUGAUGCGCUCAAGGAGGAGAAGGCGCAGAAGGAAAAAGAGCUGCACAAUGCGCAGGAGAACUCGGGUGCAAGUGGACACCAAAAGUUGAGGGUAUGCGAUGUUUGCGGUGCCUACCUAAGCAUUUUGGACUCAGAUCGAAGGUUGGCAGACCAUUUUGGUGGUAAGAUGCACCUGGGAUACUUUAGGUUGCGAGAGAUGAUUGGCGAGUUUGACGAGAGGAGGCGCAAGCCGAACGCGCCACCGAUGGGGAUGCCUGCACUACCAUCACCACCACCACCAGCAUCAACGCCAAUCACACAGCAGAGCAAUGGAAGCUCAAGUGGCCGCCUCAUUCCAGCACCAUCAAGCGGCGCAGCACCAGCAACAGGGACCAAAAAUGGGUCGAGCUUCGAUGCGACUCUGUCUGCAAGAGAUCAGGAACGCGAGCGCGAGCGCGAUUUCGAACGAGAACGGGAACGUCGAGAUCGGGAACGCAAAGAGACUCGCAAACAGCGAGAGGUUGCCGACACCGAGGCAGACAGUAAGCGUGGAGCGGAAGAGGGCGAAGUCAAGGAGGAAGAAGGCGAGAUGCUCUCUGACUAUAAGCCCAACCCGAGACCGCCAAUUCAUGUCAAGGAAGAAGACCGCAAACGCAGUCGAUCCCCGGCGACGGCGAGGGCAUGA